AUGCGAAGAAAUGGUCAAACCUACAGAGUGAUAUCCAGAGAUCUUCGUCGACCAGUUUCAACGAACCAUCGCAGUAUCCAACGGUUCAGGGAGACCGGUAAUGAGCAGGACAAGGCAGAAAAAGACGCACUUCGAGUAGGGAUGAUCGUUUCAUUCGGCUUCGUGUACGUAGUUUGUUUGACGGCCGUGCAAGCCCGACAUGAGUUAGACGCAGUGCGGGGUGUAACCGUAAGUGAGCGUACAGUACGAGGAAGGUUCGAAGAAGCUGGUUUGGGAUCAUUUGUGCUCGAUGUAAAUCAUCGUAGAAACAGGUUAACUAUUGCUCAGGAACAUCGACUUUGGAACGCGGACCAAUGA